GUCGCAGCUGUCAGUCGUGUCGUAUCAAAAAUGGCUGCAAUAGUGCGAUUUAAUUUGUUAGGAAAACCGCAAUUUGUUGCGGCUCUGCCGGCCUCUCUGCAGCUGCGCUUGCAGAGCACGCAAGCACCUCCACCAGGCACCCCGCCUCCACAGACAAAAACCAAAUUCGGACCAUUAGCUGAUGAGGAUCGCAUCUUUACCAAUCUCUAUGGACGUCACGAUUGGCGAUUGAAGGGUGCGCAGAAGCGCGGCGAUUGGUACAAGACCAAGGAGAUUGUACUAAAAGGCCCCGAUUGGAUUAUCAACGAGAUCAAGACCUCGGGUCUGCGUGGACGUGGUGGCGCUGGUUUCCCUAGCGGUAUGAAAUGGUCUUUUAUGAAUAAGCCUGGCGAUGGACGUCCCAAGUAUUUGGUGGUCAAUGCUGAUGAGGGCGAACCAGGCACGUGCAAGGAUCGCGAGAUCAUGCGUCAUGAUCCACACAAGCUGGUAGAGGGCUGUCUAAUAGCUGGGCGUGCCAUGGGUGCACAGGCUGCGUAUAUCUACAUACGCGGCGAGUUCUACAAUGAGGCUUCCAACAUGCAAUUGGCCAUUGCCGAAGCCUAUCAGGCUGGCUUAAUCGGCAAGAACGCUUGCGGCAGUGGCUACAACUUUGAUGUAUUCAUGCAUCGCGGCGCUGGUGCCUACAUUUGCGGUGAGGAGACUGCACUGAUUGAGUCCCUAGAGGGAAAACAGGGCAAGCCACGCUUGAAGCCGCCAUUUCCCGCUGAUGUGGGUCUCUUUGGUUGCCCAACCACGGUAACUAAUGUGGAGACAGUUGCGGUGGCGCCAACAAUUUGCCGUCGUGGUGGUACCUGGUUCGCCAGCUUUGGACGUACACGUAACUCUGGCACGAAGCUGUUCAAUAUCUCUGGACAUGUGAACAACCCCUGCACAGUGGAGGAGGAGAUGUCCAUUCCAUUGAAAGAGCUGAUUGAGCGUCACUGUGGCGGCGUCGUUGGUGGCUGGGAUAAUCUACUGGGCGUCAUACCCGGCGGCUCCUCGACACCCAUCAUACCAAGAAAGGUGUGCGAUGAUGUCAUUAUGGAUUUCGAUGGCCUGAUUGCGGCGCAAACAUCGCUGGGCACAGCUGCUAUUAUUGUGAUGGACAAGUCCACGGAUGUGAUCAAGGCUAUUGCGCGAUUGAUUUCGUUCUACAAGCACGAGAGCUGCGGCCAGUGCACGCCCUGCCGCGAGGGCAUUGGCUGGAUGAACAAGAUUAUGACGCGCUUUGUCAAGGGCGAUGCUCAACCCGCCGAGAUUGAUAUGCUGUGGGAGAUAUCCAAACAAAUUGAGGGACACACGAUUUGCGCGUUGGGCGACGGUGCCGCCUGGCCAGUGCAGGGACUCAUUCGUCACUUUAGGCCAGAGAUCGAGAAGCGAAUGCAGCAGCAUGCGCAGCAGACAAAGCGCGCCAGUAAUUAAUUAAUAAUGUUAUAGCUAAUUAUAUUUGAUUUCAUUUAACCGCGCGUCGUUUAUGCAAAUAAA